UUUGUGUAAAAUGACAAAAAAUAUCUGUCAAUUUGUGGAAUAGUUUUUUGAAAGGGCAAUUUAUGGAUUUUCAAACUUUUUUCAGAAAUUUGUUCGAAAAUAUUAAACCGAGUGCUUAAAUUUUAUUGCUUAGUAAACUAACAAAUAAUAAUCAUGAGUGCAGAAUAUUUUACUAUUGAAGAAAUACGAGAUCCAUCGAAAUAUUACGAGGGUUAUUGUGUUUCGAAAAAGACCAGAACUCCUGAAGAACGUUACUUCGGGGUUGACGAAAUAGAAGAAAUCACUACGACUUCUAAGAAAAGUCAAGAACGUCUUCAUGAAAUUGAGGAACAACUUGUACAAGCCGAAGACAAAUGCAACAAAUUGAAGAAUCAGUUGGACUUUAUGAAAAGAAUUUACCAACAGGGAGACUUCAGAAACAAAGUUCCACAGUCGCAAAGCUUUGAUGAAGCAGAAAAAAGUAUAACGGAUUCAGUAAAUCGUCUCUCAGAGCUUCAUUCACAUAUUCAUGAGGUGGAACCCGAGCCAGUACCACUCGUAUAUCGCAGAGAUGCAUCUGUUGAAGCUAAUAUUCAAAAUAGCGCAACUCAUGGAACUCAGAAAUCUGUAAAAAGAGGCACCAGAAGUGACGCAUCAGAAGACACGUCAAUUGAAAGGAUUCAUGACAUUCACAAGAAAAGGCCUUCUGUUGUAAGCAUAAAAUCUAAAAAAUUCAAGAAGGUGUACAAAAACAAAUUGAUAAAACCAAAAGAAUCCAGUACCAGCGUUAUCUCGAGCAAUAUCCAAGUACUGGGGUCAACGGUUAUGAAUAACGACAAUAAAAAGAAUAUUACAAAAUCAGGAACGUCACAAACCAAAACUCGAAGCAAACCUCCUCCAACGCAGGCUAAAACUGUCGAUUCUAGGAAAUCUACAAGACCUACACGACGUAUUAUUCGAUCGAAGACAACAAUGAGUUCUAAAACGCAGAUAUUGAACAGUUCUUCUAAAAGUCAAAAUUUGGUAGAAUUGUUUCACAACAGCGCGGUGAAAGAGAGCGAUUCCGAAGGUAGCACCACCUGCAUAAAGCAGACCAGAACCUGUCAAACAGUUCCACCAUUAGAUAUCGAAGUCAAUCAGACUCAAUCUUACAAUAACGAUGGUCAGGAAGAUUGUAAAGACGACGGGAACAAUUACGUGGAACCAGCUACUCCCAGAGUUCACAGUAACGAAUCUUGUAUCGUGAAGAGAUAUGAAUUGCCUACCAUUGCGUCAAAGAUGAAGCAAGUGGAUAAAAACUACUGGCGCAGCUUUGACGUGCGAUCUAUACCUUUUUGUCCAGCCAAAUCGACCAGUCCUAGUCACAAUAUUGGUCUCAAUAUUCAACAAGUAAUGAGCAUCAUGAAAACGAGACAGCCGCUGUCAGGAAUAUCGCCGACCCUGGCGCACAAUAUUGGAUUAGCUGCUGGAAAAUUAAAUAACAGCCCAUUAUCCACACUAAUGACAACCUUAAGUUCACGAAUAGGUUGUGGAAAAGCUCAGUGCCCCAUGAUGAAAGACACCAUUAACUAUCACAAGCUAUGCGAAUUGGCUAAAGAAUUACCUGAUGAAAUAAUGGGUGAUACCUUUAUGGAUGCGGGACAGGGAGAUGCAAGGAAUACUGGAAAUGCUAUGUAUAUGGCAGCAAGCGAAGGGAGUCAUUAUCCUGAAACUUGUUGGACUAUAGACUCAAGUAGAAAUAGUCGAUGCACAUGUCUGCCCCAAAAAACUGCAGAAUUUAACAGCAGUUUACCUUUACAGAAGUUCCAUAGUACUGCAACUUACGAGUCAAUAGAUUCAUCAAAUCAGAGACAUUACUAUCCUGCAUCCCAACAACCUGCAUGGUCGUACGAUUCCUCCAGAAUGAGGCAAAUAAUGACGGCACAAGGUUACACAGUGGCGCCCUCUAUGCAAUGUCAGUAUGUUCAACAGCAGCAGCAGCAACAACAAAAUGCAAGCGAUGCAAAUGUUCCAUCAAGUUUACAAGGAAAGGAAAAAAGUUUGAAAGCGGUUCUUCAAAACCUCCACGACGAGUUUGAAAUAAUGAACAGGGAAUACGAAGAUUUUGCUGAUAAGAUAGAUAAAAACGAAGUAGAGAACAUAGAAGAAGCUAGAGAACAACUGGACAAUAUGGAAAAGGGUCUUAAUAACAAAGAAGAAGAGAUCCAGAUAGUGAUGGCACUUUAUAAAGAAGUUUUGGCCUUGAAAGAGCAAGUUAGAAAAUUAAAACAGAGAAGUACGGCUACUGUUGUUUCUUAUUAUCCCCCGAAAAUUCCAGGUGUAAAAGACCAAAAUGCCAUAAUCCAUUUGACUAAACUUCUUAAACAAAUCCAAUCGUAUCAACGAUACUAUUACCUCAGAAAGUCAUUGUAAAGUACUUAUUAUUUCUUUUUACAUCAAAAAUUGAGAGUGAAACUAUUUCAUUAUUACUGUAUUUAACUUUGUUUUAAUUAAUUGGAAUCACAAAUGUAGUCUUAUAUACACGAUAUUAUAUAGUACACAUAUAAAAUGUACUUUUACAGCACUUUAGCUUCCAAAAAAACUGUAAACAAGCAAAAUUAUAAUAAAAAGAAGAGAGGUAUGUGCAUAAUA